AUGGAAUCACCACAACACACCCGCCUCGACACCCAAAACUUCGGCGAUUCUCACGCUGCGUUCCUUGCGCUGGCGCCGCCCCACUCUUUCCCACCAAGAACUGCCCCCGUAACGUUAUAUAAAAGAGCUAGAACGCUCUCUGUUUAUCCACAAGUCAUACUUCAGCCUAUCUACAUGUUUCUAUUCUUAUUGUCCGUUGUUGCUGCUCUUUGCGCAGCUUUGCCGAGUAAUCGAGAAUAUUCUGAUGCCUCACUGACCGCAGCUAUCAAGCCAAUCGAAGCGAUCCCAGUUGAUCCGUUUUUCAUCUUCAAUACGAAUCCGGACCUUGUCCCUCAAGUCAAUCCGAUCGGCCAGGGCGUUACGGUACCGAAAAAGACGGAGAAGCUGCCACACCUGAGGCCCUUGGACGACGACAGACCGAUCCCUGACGUUGUUCCGGAUUCUGUUUUUCUCACUGCCCAACCAGGAGUUGCCCCACAACUCACUGGUUCCGUCGCAACUCCUUCUCCAGCCGAUUUUGAGUUCUUUGACUUCGGAGAAAACAGUGGAGGAAAAGCGGCAGCCGUCAAUCCUGCGGCCACCUAUCUCGAAGGAGGAGAUUUUGAAAAGAUCACAGCCCCGCGUUGCCGAAUGAUGGGUUGCACAGGACCAGUGCCAAAUGACGGCAGCUUCCUCCCUGAGGCACCAGUCAAAAAGGGCAAAGCAUGUCAUCAGACGUUUGUCCCGAUGAACGGCUGCACCGACAACAAGGGCUAUCCUAUGGGCAUGCUUUGUUCAAUUUGCUGCGAAUGUACGAAGUCAUUUGUGAGAGAAAUGAGGAAAACCCACGGUUACAAGACCGGUUUCAACUCGAGUUGA